UUCCGACCGAAUUCAAGUCUGUAUCGUUCCUUUAGCAUGGGCCGCAGUGCAAAAGUCGCUAAGAAAUACAAGAAGAGCACGCUUCUAGCAGGGACUCAACAGCACAAUAAGCCAUCUGCUUCAGCAGCUCCUCAGGAGCAGAAGAAGCGUACCAACCUGAAAUCUAAGGCGACAAAGCGGAAGGAGGGCGAUGGCCAUGUUCUCGGUGGUGCAGACUAUGUAGAACUUCUGACGGGCUCUCGCCGAAAGGCUCGAGAAGAAGCUGCCAAACUGCCCAAGGAUGACUUGAACGCCUGAGCAGGCACUUAGCUUUGAAGAAUCUUGCUUUAGUGCUUGAUACCUAACCACAAGGGUGUACCGACCGGUUCGUCGACUGCAUCAGGGCAUUCUGCAUUCAGCCUCGACUAGUGCUUCGUCGCGCUUCAUGAUUGCUGGCUUGUCCUCUCUUUCACACACUUCUCUAGACUUCUAUCAGCCGAACAUCAAGUCCAGGAAGGCAUGCCGAGCAGAAGUGCAUUCGAAGGAUCGAGAG